GCCUCGCCUCGUAUUGGCCCUCGGAGACGCGGUCGCGGCACGCUGCGACGCAGUAGCGCGCUACCUCGACGACGCAAUAAGCCCUCGUCACUCGGCGGGCAGCCCUUUGCGCCGGGGAGCACCCAGUAGCCCCUCACUGACCACCCAGAGACCAAGGUGAGGCAGCCCGUCGACGCCAUGGAGGUCCACUUCAGCGACCACGAGCUGCGCGACCUGAAGAAGGAGCAACGACUUAGAAGAGAGGAGAAGGAAGCUCGGGAGUCCAAGAUCGCCGCGUUGCUCGAGAUGGCCGAGGAGACGAUACGAGAGGAGCGGAGCGGUAUCGACGAGCACGGACGGCGGUACAAGGCGCCGCCGCGGAGCUAUACGCGCGCGGAGUCGACGUAUUGUGCCGCGGCGCCGGCGCCCGCGCCCGCGCCGGCGCCCGCGCCCCCUAUCCCCGAGGCCUUCUACGAACCGAAGUUUUCCGACAAGGUCCUGUUACCGGGCGGCAUCGAGGUGUCUACAAAACCUAUUGUGGAGGAGGUGGGGCGCACCAAACAAGAGCUAGAGCAAGAGGCGGCGGAGCUCGAGUUCCUCGAGACGCCUCCUACGCAACAUGCUGCAGCCUUGAUCAAGGUCUGCGACGAUAGCAGGAACGCGUCCCUGAGUCUGGGGGAAUUGAGGAAGGCGUCGGGGCAUGAGAUAUAUGAUGAGUUCGUGCACUGGUUGAUGGCAGACCGGGAGUUCGAGUUUAAGCGGAGGGCCGUGAAGAUGGCUAUGGACAAGGGACAUUUAACGACGGCGUUCCGGGACUACAUCCAGGUGCUUAAGAGGAAGAAAACACAAGUCGAGGAGGAGGCACCCGUAAUCAUCAAGAGGUGGACGGGCCGCCAACUAACACGUAGGGAAGCUCUGGAGAUGCGUAGAAGGAUAAAAACGCCCGUGGAGUUGUCGAGAGAGGAGCGCCAAUUAAGACUGAGAACCAACUCCCUGCAAACAACUAGGACAUAUGCGGAGGAGGACCGAGAGAACGUGGACGCCAAAAUAGCCCAAGAGCUCCGCGAGAAGAGCAAGCAACGGGUCCAGGUCAAGGGCCGGCCCCGCUUGCCUCCCGUCGUCGUAGAAGGCGAGGAGAACCUAGAAGAGGAGUACGGCCCGUUCCGACUUGAUCGUCGCGAUGUCGAGGAACGCAUCGCGGAGUUGUCCUCGUCCCGAGAUCUGCGGGGCGCGCGAGCCGUGCAGCGAAGGCCUUCUGGUAGUGUACGGUCUAAUAGGGAACCGUUCCGCGGGAGUGGUAUUGUGGUCGCGCGCGCGGCGCUGGCUGCGGCUGCUAUCACGAACGACGUCAAGCUACCUUCUGGUAGAGAACACAAGGAGCUGCGUCAACGAUUAUAUCGCCUGCGGAAGGCGCAGCGCGCGCAGUUUGCACCAACUGAAUUACUCGGCUCUGAUGAGGUGACAAGGGCCGAGGAGGAUCAAGACGAUGAGGAGAUCCUGGACGAGAACGCGGCUCUUAAGGAAAUCGAUUCGUUAGUACGAGGCCUCGAGCAGCUCGAGAAGGCGAAGGCGCGCGAGACCGGGCGCAAGUUAGGUAAACUCAGGAAGGAGACUCUAGCGUUAGGAUUGGAUGCAGAGAAAGUGGAGGACGAGCGCUACGAGGCGUGGGAGCGCGAGAUUGAGAGGAGGGAGGCCGCGCGCGAGCGGCACGCUAGACUCGUGAAGGAAGAAUCAGAACGGAAGGCAGCAAGUACGCAGGAAGGUCGAAGGGACGCGCGCGUGAAGCGCGAAAAGGCUGAGAGGAGAGCGUAUCGAAGACGUGUCAGGACGGACUGGCUAGAUGUAGUGACACUUAUCACUCGAACUCAAACGUUCCGGAGAAAGCUGCAGCAUCAUAAAGAUGUGUUGUACGAGCGCGAGAAGCGUAGAGCUACAAUUGUGCUUAGGUUGAGGUUCCGCAAGUUCCUGCCGGCCUGGAGGGAGUGGGCGGCCAAGAAAAAAAUAGUCUGGUUCUGUACUCGUCUCAGGAUGAUGGAGAAGUGUCGAAAAUCUUGUCGAAAUUACUUUAAGUGCGUAAGAGCGGUCCAGGGCGCCUGGCGUAGAAGGACGUUGCGGGUUAGUGCCGCUCUCAAGCUCACGAUCGUCCAGUGGGGCCGCGUCUGGUCGGGUCGUAUUUUUGAGGAAGGUAAGGCGCCGGAGCCUUUACAUCCUUGGCUGGUGGAGCGAGCGUGUAGGCAGCUCGUGCAGGAAGCUUAUAGAGUUACAGAGAAUAAGUACGGCGCUCUGGGACGCAUGAUGCUCGACAAACAGAGGGGCGCGACGUUUCCCACGGAGGAGGUCGUGGACGACUCUGUGGUAAGGCGGCGCCAGAUCGAGGUCAUUUCCCUGAUUAAUGCAGAGGCCAAGGGCUGGGUCGUGCCUGAUGAGGUGCUGCACCCGCCGGAUGUGCUUGAGAACGUGCCUUGGGAGGACGAAAGUAUGUCUGGUGUUAGAAGUAGUCUCGAGUCCGUGCGGUCCGAGGUGCGGGCGAAGAUGGAGCGCAACAAGGAGCGGCGGUCCAUGCGGCGCAGUCGCCACAGCUCGCUGACGUCCUUCCGGUCCGCGGCGUCGACGAUGCAGACGGGACUGUCACUUCAGUCAGGGUCGCGUUUUUCGUCGCGCAGCGGGUCGAUGGCCGACAUCUCGGAAGUAAGUCGGUAGUUUGUUGUGUACUCGUUG